ACAAACUUCUUUUUCACUUCUGGCGAUGAGCCAUAUAUGCAGUUUGAUAAGUUGAAGUUACGAAAUUACUUUCCUCAUGAAAUAGAAAAGCUUAGCGUUUUACGUAUCACACAAACGCGGAGCUUNGAUGAGGUUGGUCAUGCUAUUCGCGGCGGACUAUAUGAUCCUUUACUUGGGCCAACAGAAUCACGAGAUCGAUGUGAAACCUGUAACCAGUAUGAGAUACAUUGCCCAGGUCACUUUGGUCAUAUACGAUUAGAUGUUCCUGUCUUCAAUCCUCUACUGUUCAGUUUCUGUUUCAAUCUCCUAAAAGGCUCUUGCGUACAAUGUCACCGCUUCACGUGUACAACCGAUGGGAUAGCUACAAAAGUUUUGCUGGCGCAGUUAAGAUGUUUCGAACUGGGUGUACCACAUCUUGCACCUGAAAUAGAGACACAGUUCAAGGACAAAUAUGGAACGUCUCAGCAAUGUAAGACCUUUAAUACUGUUUCUCUCGACAAAUUGAUUUCCGAUCGUGCGGGACGCCCUCUGUGCAGCCUUUCCGCUGAAACUCCAUGCAAAAAUACAGUGGAUCUUCGAAAAACUGUGAUCAAGAGCUAUCUGAGAGAUCAUUUGUUCAAACGCAAAGCCCGUUGUCCUUUGUGUAAAGGAUUCAACGGACAAAUCCGUAACGAUGGUGCUCGCUGUGUUCUUAUUGACUUUACAGUUCAUGGAAAGAGAAGGAAAAAAGUCAAAAACUCGUCAGCUCGUUAUUCAGAAAACAAAACGAAUAUGUUGAACGAUGUCGGCUAUGGGACUGCUGACGUCUCUGAAGGUGCAUUAGAGCUGCAAAUGAGAUCAGUGCGAAGUGGUGCGUGUGAAAAGCUCGCCUGGCGCGCUGCUGAAGUUCGUGAACACUUUCGUCUUCUCUUCAAAUCUGAGGGAAAGCUGUUGUUGAAAUUAUUCCCAAUGCUAGUUGAUGAAGGAGCCGGUGGUUUAUGUCCUCUCGAUGGGCUGUUUUGCGAACUUAUCAUGGUACCACCAACGAAAUUCCGGCCCAUUCGACUGUUCAGAGGUGAACGGUAUGAAAAUCCUCAGACAGUGAAUCUUCGACGGGUACUUGAAGCUACAGAAACUAUAAGAGCUGUAUCGUUGGUCCUUAAUGGCGAUAAGAGCGCUCAGCUGAUGGAACUGAUUUCGAAUAGAACACAAGGAAAAACAAUGAACGCACGAAUGCAUUCCGCUUACUUGAACCUCCAGCAACGAGUCAAUGCCAUUUAUGACGAGGAACUUGACAGACAGGACCAGAACAGAAUUCCCGGAAUCAAGCAAAUCUUGGAGAAAAAACAAGGGCUUUUUAGGAUGAAUAUGAUGGGGAAGCGAGUGAACUUUGCUUGCAGAUCUGUGAUUACACCUGAUCCAUAUCUCGAUAUUGAUGAGAUUGGAAUACCAGAGAUUUUCGCUAAAAAACUUACUUUCACGGAGCCUGUGAACCUUUUCAACAAGAAAGAGAUGCGAACGUUAGUGCGGAACGGACCUGAUGUCCAUCCAGGAGCAAACUUUGUUAUUAACGCUGUAGGUAGGAAGCAAGUAUUAACAGCAGAUUCAUAUGAGCCUGAGGCUAAGUGGAAGCGUAUCGGUGCUUCAAAGAUGUUGGAAUCAGCAAACACGGACAAACUUUGCCAAGUUUUUUGUCUAUCUUGUUCCAAAAUUCCCAAAAUGCGUCUGGUACUGCGUCAUUUGCACAACGGAGAUAUGAUGAUGAUGAAUCGUCAGCCAUCACUUCAUAAACCGUCUAUACAAGGACACAGAGCUCGGGUGAUUACUGGUCAGCGUGCCCUGCGUAUGAAUUACGCUCCGUGCAAAGCCUAUAAUGCUGACUUCGAUGGAGACGAAAUGAAUGGGCAUUUGGUGCAGAGCCACAUUGCACAAUGUGAAGUUGCAGAAUUAGCCAAUGUCGGAAGUAACUUUCUGGUUCCUAAAGAUGCCACACCUCUUUUGGGGCUGAUCCAGGAUCAUGUUGUAUCUGGUGUGCUGCUGACAAUUAGGGGACGAUUUUUGAGCAAGGAAGACUUCAUGCAUCUUGUACUAUCAGCAUUUGCUGCGCAUACGAAGCGUAUUGAGAUUCCUGCACCCGCAAUGUUAAAACCGCGGCAAAUGUGGAGUGGUAAGCAGGUCAUUUCCUGUAUUGUUAAGAAUUGCAUCCCUAAGGGCAAACCACUGAUCAACCUUACAUCAAAAUCGAAAACACCGCUGUCAUGUUGGAAAGUGCGUGGCUUCGACACUCCAGAGCUUAAUAUGAGCGAAUCGGAAGUGGUUUUCAGUCGUUUGCUCACUGUAGUUUUGGAUUACAAGCAACAUUAUGGUGCUACUCAAUACGGUUUGGUUCACAGCUGUUUCGAACUGUAUGGGCAUAAAGUCGGAGUGCAGCUCCUGUCGUGUUUUUCACGUCUGUUCACAACAUAUUUGCAGGUUCACGGCUUCACUUUGGGUGUUGCGGAUAUUCUUGUCAGGAAAGAUGCUGAUAAACGGAGAAAACAAGCCAUCAGAGAGUCAAGAACUAUCGGAGAUCAGGUGGUCAGAAACGCCUUCGGUCUUGAUGAGAAUGUUUCACAUGAGGAAAUAGAUCGCAUCUUGGCGUCGACGUAUUGUAAUCCAAGAGGACAAGGGCAAGACGUGAAAAUGCUUGAUUACUCCAUGAAACAAGCUAUUGCGAAGUACAACGAUGCCAUAACGAAAGCUUGCGUGCCGGAUGGUCUAAUCCGACAAUUCCCUGAAAAUGCGCUACAGGUCAUGAUUCAAUCCGGUGCGAAGGGAUCAGCCGUCAAUGCAAUGCAGAUUUCUUGUUGUCUCGGCCAAAUUGAACUGGAAGGCAAACGAAUGGCUGUCACGGUUGCAGGAAGAACCUUGCCGUCAUUCAGAGCUUUCGAUCCAUCUCCUCGAGCUGGUGGCUACAUAGAUCAGCGCUUCUUAACAGGAAUCAAUCCUCAAGAAUUAUUCUUUCACACAAUGGCCGGAAGAGAGGGUCUGAUUGAUACUGCUGUAAAAACGUCUCGUUCCGGCUACCUACAAAGAUGCCUUAUCAAACACUUGGAGGGCUUAAGGGUCCAUUAUGAUGGAACUGUUAGAGAUCAUGACGGCUCGGUCAUAAUUCAGUUCCGAUAUGGAGAGGACGGUCUCGAUGUCGUGAAAUCUACUUACAUCAGCCCAAAAACGUUUCCUUUCCUGAAAGAUAAUUUGGACGCUGUUAUAAGUUGCUCCAGGCCUGAGGAAGCUAGAGAUUAUGAAUACAAUGUUGAAGCUGCAGAAAAGCAGUAUCAUAGGGUAAGGAAAUCGAAAAAUGGCGAAAGAAGUCAACUAGGGAUGGCAAUCGUCGUGGCAAGAAGGUUUAUGUAUCUGAUAUGUCACACUGUGAUUUAUUGUGCGUUACCGGAGAAAACACUGGACUCCAUAUACAAGUUUGCUGGUAAAAACGAUAAGCUCAGACGAUCACUUUUCUGGAAAGGUAUGCGCUCUCUGGCCGAACCUGGUGAAAACGUCGGUUUGUUGGCAGCUCAGUCAAUCGGUGAGCCAUCAACGCAGAUGACUUUGAACACUUUCCACUUUGCCGGUAGAGGAGAAAUGAACGUAACACUGGGAAUUCCUCGUCUGCGCGAAAUUCUUAUGACAGCAUCUGAUCACAUAGCUACUCCGAGCGCUAAGAUUCCCAUCUUACCUGGAACCACGCGCGAACGUAUCGAUGCUAUUCGAAGAGAGUUGGAUAGAGUGUUCUUGAAACAAGUACUGAGAAAUUUCUCAUUUGAGGAAAGGAUAAAUCUCACAACUUUCAGUGACUGUUGGAGGCGCUACUACCUACGAAUCGAAAUUCUCUCUAGCACCAAAAGGGAACAGAAUGCUAAGUAUCUCAAGCGUAAAGUGAUACUGCAAGAGCUUGAACGCAGAUUUCUACGUUCACUGGCAUCUUCAAUCAAUAAGAAGUAUCGCGAUGUUUUGGAGUACCAGCAGAUACAGCAUCGAAAGCUGCGAGCCGGUAAUCUCAGCGCUGGUUUAGGACAAAGAGAUAAUUUCUUUACUUUGUUCGAUUUUCGUGCGAAUAAUAUGGAUGACGGAAACUCCUCAGAUGAAGAAGCUGCAGGUGGAAGAGAAGCCGAUGCUGCCGAACAGAGGCUUCAUAACAGACAUCUAGAUGAUGCUGCAGAGUAUGAAGGCGAGGAAGAGGACCGUGUUUUCACCUCGCGAAUUGGAACUUUUAUUAUCAAAAUUUGUUCGUGGAAAAAAUAUUUCCUGCCUUCCGUUCUUUUUCUUGUCUUCAUGUGGAAACAGAUGAUUCCUCUUUUGCAGUUCGUCAUAUCACAAUCGAAUAUCAUCGUUGACUACAAAUUUGAUGUUAAAUCGGAAAGAUGGUGUGAAGUGGUAUUUCAAUUACCGUUAGGAAACAAAAGCAAACUGGAUCUGUCGACGAUAGUAGAGAGGGAAGUAGAAAAGUUCAUCGUCCAUCAAACACCAGGCAUAGAACGUUGUAUUGAAACGGAAGAGGUCGUGGAUGGUGUACCUACGAAGUUCCUACAAACACAAGGCAUUAACUUGGAGGUAAACUUCUUUCAUCUUCAUGGUGUUGUGCUUGCACUAGUGCAUCGUUGCUUUAUCACAUGCAAACCUUGCAUCGCGGUUGCGAUGCGGCUCAUAUGGGUUUAG